CGAACGCUAUAACGUUGUUUCGUAUUUCGAGCCCGCUACGAAUAAAUCGUAAAGAUUCACUAUUUUUGUUAUUUUUGAAGUGAAAGUUUUCGAUUUCAGUGAUUUUUUUUUUGUGAUAAGCGAGUAAAUUUUUGAAAGAAGUGCACGAAAUCCUAAACAUUUUCAAUUUGAGUGGAUUUUCAGUUACAAAACUGGGUUUCAAGUCUCUAAGGAUUAACUCAACUGUAGAUAUGUGCGUCGCAAGGGCAGCUGAAAAGUGCAAAAUGAUCAACAGAAAUCAACUGGGUCGUGCUCUUAGGACCACCCUAACAAAGGCACGCGUUGAACGACGUUUAGUUUGCGGACUCUUUCCCGCCAUAGCCCUGUUGGAAAAAGCUCCUGAGGACGUCGUUUUUUGCGUCUUACCUACAACCAGACCAGGAGAUGCGGCCACGCAUAUCCAAGCCGUACUUCUGCAAGCUUUUUGCUACGAAAACUGCAUACCCGUAAUACAGGUUGAUAGCAGUGAAAAAUUAGCAAGCUUCUGUGGCAAAGCCAAAGACAAUUGCCAUUGCAACUGCGCAAUUAUCACACGUGACAUUACUUUGCCAAUACCCAAAGACGAUUCUAUGCCAAUGACAGACAACGAACAGUUUUUGACAGAUUUUUACGAGUGUACUUUGGAAGAAUUCCCCAGGCCUGUAAUCGAGUUGCCCAUAUGAACUUUGGUGAAAAAGAAGAGCGUAAGAGCUGUCAGAAGAAUAGCCUAUUGCUCUCGAAAAAAGCGAUUUUAAGUAAAUUUGUAUUAUACAUACUUAUAUGACGUAUUGUAUAUAGAAAAGACGAAUGUUGAGUCAGGGUGGGGCUUGAAUGGCCCAUCUUUUGUAUAACCUAUAAGUGCCUGGAGAAAUUAAAAAUGUCAAGAAAAUGUAUGACAUUAUUUUAUGUUCAAUGAAAGGCCACAGAAAAUAACCUAUAUGAAAAAAAUGAUUAUUUAUUAUGAAAGUAAGAAUAAGCUCGAAAAAAUAAUAUUUUUUAAGAUUGUAUAUCCAUCAAUUAUUGAUUAAGUUUUUUUUAUUUAUACAUACUUGGAUUGGGUACUUGUACUUAAAUGAAAAAUUAAUGAAAAUGAAAUGAAAUGAAAAGAAUUGUGGAGAAAAUAAAUGGAACAUUUUUGUAAAUCAGAUAAAUUAUGUUUUUAUUAUAUAUUUAGCAUUAAUAUCGGCAUUAAUUAUGGAAGGAAGGAUGCUAAAUAAAUCAUCAAAAAAAUCUCCAAUAAUGCGUAACAAUGUAUUGAUGAGAAUAUCAUUGGAAAAACGAAUUAUUGUAAAUUUUAGUCAUAUUACUGUAUGUUAAUAGCCUAUUCAACUAUUUCGGAAAUUAUUGAUAUACAAAGCAUUGUUAGAGUGAGAAAUAGGAAUCAUAUAAGUGUUUCAUGAAGGCGCAGGUAGUAAGGGCCAUAUAAAAAAAAAAACAGCCCCUUUCGACUAGUCGAAAGGCCGAGUAUCUAUAGUGCGUUCAUAAAGAAGAGAGAGUAAUAAAAAUGCAAAUUUGGAUACAUUUUGUACUGAGUGAUCAAUCACUUUUUCUUCUUUUUCAGUUAAAAAUCCUUUAUUUUUAUAUACCUCACCCUGUUCGACGGAAGAAUACAAUAGAACCCAAAACCGAGAACAAUAGAAGGCAAGGGAUAAACUAUUCUCAUAGGCGCCGCAAUUGGGGGAAACUUCCGUGGGUAUAGGUAUUAGUAAAGAAAAUAGUAAAUAUGUAAAAAGUUCUAUGAAAUUUAUUAAAACAAAUUACUUUAUUAGAAAAAAUUUAUAAGUUAAAUAAUAAAAAUACAUUUUAGGAAUAAAAGUAAUAUUAUAUUAUUGUAAAAAAUCGAAUUGGCAUUUUAACUAUAAUUAAUAAGCACACCUAAAAAUUAAAUUAAGGUUAGGAGUCCACUCAUUCGCCUGAAAUUUACCCAAAAUCGGCGUUCAGCUCUAGGGUGAUUACACAAAAACUACAA